AUGUUUUAUGAGAAAAGGAGGGAGACGGUUGUCAUGCCUGCCCACCCUGCCAUCAGUGAUGAUGAUGAGAAGGAGGAAGAUGACGAAGUGGCAGACCCUGAUUAUGUCCCACUCACCCACAACCAGGACUUUCCAGGCCCAAAUGACACUGGCCCCUGUGCCAAGAAGAAGUGCAUUCAACCUCCAGUGGAAGUUCUCCAGGACAGUGGUAGUGACAGUUUCAGUGAGGACCGUGAUGGUGAUGAUGAUGAUAAUGUGCAGCAAGCACCACAAGCCCAGAAGCAAAGCAAAUCCAGUAAGUCUGCAGCUAGGCCAACCACUUGGCACAAAGUUGACCUGAACAACACAGCCCUUCCUGAAUACCAGCACAUCCCCCCUGAAUACAUUGAUAUGCCUUUUCAGUACUUUAGAAGAUACUUUGAUGCCCAGAUGAUUAGUCAUAUCACAUACCAAACCAAUCUAUAUGCUGCUCAGAAGGAUAUGAACACCACUUUCACCACCAAUGAGAAUGAAGUAAUGACAUUUCUGGCCAUCCUAAUAUAUAUGGGUGUAGUUCAGCUCCCAUCUAUUGAAGAUUACUGGGCCAUGGAGACCAGGGUUCCUCAAGUUGCCAACCUUAUGUCAUCAAAGAGGUUCAGACUGCUGAGAAGGGUUGUCCACUUCAAUGACAACACUCAGAUUACUGAUACCUGUGACCGUUUCUUCAAAGUCCGGCCACUGUUCAGCUUCCUCACUACUGACUUCAGACGUGAGCCACAGACCCCCAAACAGUCUGUAGAUGAGGUGAUGGUUGCCUACAAAGGGAAGACAGCUGGCAACCUGAGGCAAUAUAUUAAAAAUAAGCCAGACAAAUGGGGAUUUAAGUUGUUUGUUAGGGCCUCUGAGGAUGGCUUCAUCCAUGACAUUGUGCUAUACCAGGGCAAGACCACCUUGGAUGCCCAUGAUGUACUCCUGACGAAUGAACAAAAAGUCUUGGGUGCCACCAGCCAGAUUGUCGCUGUCCUGGCCAGUACCAUGUCGUCCCCCACCACCACAGCCAUUUUUGCUGACAACAUUUUCACCAGCCUGGAGCUAGUGCGGUACCCCGAGUCCACAAUUGCAGAGAUGGAUAAAAAGGUUGUCCCUCGUGGUACUUGUGACUACGUUACCAGUGAUGAUGGAAUACUGGCCAUCAGGUGGAAGGACAACAAAACGGUCACUCUGCUGUCAACAGACAUGGGGGUGGAGCCAAUGUCCUCAGUCAUCAGGUACUGCAGUGAGACCAAGAUGAAGGAGCCUGUGAGCUGUCCAGCUGUCAUCAAGAGUUAUAAUGCUAACAUGGGGGGCAUUGAUAAAAGUGACAUGCUUGUACACCUCUACCGCACCCCCAUGAAGUCCAAGAGGUGGUAUUUGCGUCUGUUUGCGUACGUCCUUGAUAUCAGUCUCACAAAUGCAUGGGUUGUAUACAGGCGAGACUGUAAGACCCUUGGAGUGGGAAGCCAGUCUCUGAAAGAUUUCAGAAUCCAGGUGUUCAGGGGUGCCAGCAGCCAGACACAUUACUCAUCUAGCUCCAGAAGAAGUUCAUCUUCAUCUGUUGACAGCCUGACCACCACUGUUGAUGUCCCUAGACCUGUCCGGGGACACCGCAGCCACACGCCAAACGAGGCUGUGCGCUUUGAUCUGUCCCUCUUCCAUGCCCCUGUACAUGCAAAAUGUCAAACAUGCAAGUACUGCAGCAGCAAAGGCAACAUUAUCAGGUCAAAUGUGGUCUGCAGGGUCUGCAAGGUUCACCUUUGCAUGAACAGUGAGCGUAACUGCUUUAUUAGAUACCAUGACAAACUAGCAUAG